GAAACUCAGUCACCAACCGGAUGUUGGGCCUGUGAUUGGCGGACGCGGCCGACCAAUCGCAGCCGGACGAAUCACUGGCAGGAACACUUGGCUUCAGUGAGUGAACGCGGCCGUAGUAAUCUGUGAGUGACGUCCUUUAUAGAUUUGGUACCUGAACAAAAAAGUGAAGCAAGAUGAGUAUCCAGUGGACUUUAAUAGCAGGUGUUAUGUAUGCGGAGUUAGCAGUCACCAUCUUUCUCCUAAUACCCAUCAUUUCACCACAGAGAUGGCACUCCAUCUUCAAGUCACGGUUUCUGAGAAGCAUUGGAAACAUGUCACAUAUAUACUUCAAGGUGUUCCUUGGUGUUUUGAGUCUUUUCUUCUUAGAUGCCAUCCGUGAGAUGAGGAAAUACAGCCAUGAGCUGUCAGAACAACAAAAAGGAGAUCAUGGGUAUCACUUGGAUGCUGAAAUGCAAGCUCACAUGAGGCUCUUCCGUGCCCAGCGCAACUUUUACAUCUCUGGCUUCUCCCUUUUCCUUUGGGUGGUGUUGCAACGAUUGAUGACACUUAUUUCUAAACUUGCUGUUGCAAUGGCGGAAGGACAUGCUGCCCUUAAGCAGGCCAAGACAGCCUCUGAGACUGCAGCUCAGCUUCUGAAGCAAGACAAGGCUGACAAGGAAGAGGAUCAGCAGAAAGAAGCUAAUGUUUCAAAUGAGAUUAAAGAAUUGAAGGAAGACAAACGUCGCUUGGAAGCAGAACGAGAUGCUGCUCUGAAACAGGCUGAAGCUGUUGGUCGUGAAUAUGACCGCAUGCUUGAAGAACAUGCAAAGCUCCAGGAGCAAUUGAAGAAAACAAGUGGUGCCGAAGAAUCCAAGAAAGAUGAUUGAGGACAGUUUCCUAGCCUGCUAUGAUAUAAGUUGUGUGUACAGGAACAAAUGGAGAGAGCAAAUUUGGUUAUCUUUUUAAUGAUAAUUACUAUAUACGAUAAACAUUAUGUAUCUUGAUUAAAUUAAUAUUAAAAAGCAAGCCUAUGAGAUCUUGCUUAGUGCAUAAGGCUUCAAACAGUGCCUCUUGAAAUAUUGCUCCCAUGACAGGAAUGUAGUGAACUAUAUUUGGAGGUUCAAAUUAUAAGAUUCUGCAUUUGGAAUGUCUUUUUCAGAAAACUGGAGGCCAUGAAAUUAGUGGUUUGUGAAAUAAAGUGCUUGGGCCUAUUUAAUUAGUUUUUACUUUUGAAAGGAGUGUAUAUCCUUUUUUUUUUUUUUUUUUUUUUUUCUAGUAAUAAUAAUAAUUAGUACAACCUUAAUAGUUUUCCACAUACAGGGCUCCUUCGACUCCUCUACCCCAGCUCAGACAGAAAAAAGUGAGACCACUCAUUAUAGUUUGGAUAUUUUUCAUUACUUCUAUAAUUCCUGCUUAAAAACAGCAAUUGUUAUUUUUUGCAUAGAUUACUGCCCAGUAGAUUUUAUAAAACAUUACAUUUUUCUUCAACAAUUUGCUUGAUAUAUGUUAUCAACUCUUCCCUGGCCAUGUUAAUGUGUGCUUUUGUCAUAUAUAAAGUUCUAAUAAAUGCAUUAAAGAGAAAUUCUAACAAUAUGACAUGAUGUAAAGAUGUAUAGCUUUAUGAUGAAAGGAAAAGUUUUAUUAAUCUAAAGCAAAGGCAUAAAACUGUGUAUAUGUUUAUAGGAUUGUUUGUGUGUGUGCAGAAUCAUCUUAUUUUCAACUUGGUUUCCUCACAGAAUGUUUACUGUUGAUGUGGUGUGGCUGUUUCUAUUCAGUGUACUUAUCCUUGUAGUCAUUUUGUUUAUACGAAAGAAGGUUGACAGAGUUAUUAGGCUCACUUCUAAUCUUUUUCAGUUAUGUAAGGAAUUAUUUACUCUGAUAAUAAUAAAAUAAAAUAAAAAUAUAAUAUUUA